AUGGUGCUUCUCAACACCUUCAAUCGAUCCUAUCUCGAAUACGACAGUUUCAUCGCAACCAACUUCCAACUAUUCUUCCGCUUCGAAAUCUCCCUAAUAAUCUUCAACAUCUGUCACACGCUCUUCUUCCUCUACAUCAAUAUAACCGCCAAACAAUUCCACCAGAAUUGGACAAAUGUGAUGAGUAUUCUCUACAUUCAACACUGUAUCGCAGACAUCGCCUGGAUCAUAGAUCGCUCAAUUUUGAUCUCUCAACAUCCAGAUGAUCAUCAAGUUCUAAUGAAGAUUUGCUCGUAUGUCAGAGUGAUUUGUAUUUUUCAAGGUCUAUUGGUUCUCCCGAUUUUAAUCAUUGAGCGAUGUUUCGCCACGAUUUAUAUAAGUGAUUAUGAAUCAACAAAACGACUCUAUAUUUCGUAUUCCCUUGUGGGAUCUUUGUUUUGUUUUGGAUGUAUCGCCUCGAUUGGAUUCCACGAAUGUGGGUUAAAGAUUUCUGAUUUUUCACCAAAAACCCCCAAAUUCCAGGCAAGCUUCACCUAAUGCUCUUCAACUCAGUCCUCCUCUUCAACACCCUCGGAAUCCUUGGCAACUUCUACCUUCUCUACAAAAACCGUCAAUACUACCAACAAUUCCAACGCGGUCAACGCAAUUGCAAUCUCACCGAACGAUUUCAAAUCUCGGAAAACAUCAAGAUCUGCAAACUUGUCAACAUGAUAGUUCUGACAAUGGGCAGUUUCAAUGGCUUGAUUUGUUUCACAAUUCUUAUUGAUUUUCUGAAUUUGUCGGAUUAUCAUAGAACUGUUUAUACGUUGAUGUUCGAUGUUUCGGCGAUUUUGUACAGCACUAUAUUUCCGUAUAUUUGUAUGUAUUAUAGUGUGAAGUGGAAGUAUAGAUUCAAACAGGUGGGUAAUUUGAACUUUAUUGAAAUCUAUAGGGAUUCGAACUUCCUGUUGUGAAAUUUCUUCUGAUUUCUGAGAAUUUAGAAAAUUUCAAACAUCAUCGCAUAGACAACGAAUUCUUCUGGGAUUAUUUUAACUAGAAUAGGGCAACCUUCAGACGCCAAUAAAAACAUCAGAUUUUGUUAUUCAAAAAUCCAAGUUAGACGAUCUCUCGGGAAAAAUCUAGAAUCUAGAAAAACAAUCAGAAAAAAAAAUGUGUCAGAUUUUCUAACUGUAAAAAUUCCACGUGGCAAAAAUUUCCAUUAUUUUUUUGCUCCUCAAAAGUUCGAAAAGCUAUUUUUGUAAAACAAAAAUUGAAGGAAAUAAUAAAAUAAUUUUACGGAAAUUGAAAAUUUUCUAGGUACAAGUUUUUUUGGAAUAGCAAUAACAUGAGGAAAUUUCAAAUGCCAGGAGGCAAAAGCUCAGAAAUAUUGAAACCAAAAUUUAAAAAUCGCCACGUGUCAAAAUUGUUUCCUCUACAAAACCCUCCGGCAACUCCCAAACUUCCAGAUCUUCCACUGCUCCCCCACAAAUCGCGUCGAUCCCAAGGUCGAACUUCACGACACCUUCGGAUCUGUCAUGACCGAAUGCACUUCGGACGCCUAUUUUGCAGAUAUCCGCAAAUCUUGGAAAUGA